AUGGCGGCGGCGGAGGAGGACACGGAGCUGCGGGACCUGCUGGUGCAGACGCUGGAGAGCAGCGGGGUACUCAAUAAAAUCAAGGCAGAACUACGAGCAGCUGUAUUUUUGGCACUUGAAGAGCAAGAAAAAGUAGAGAACAAAACACCCCUGGUAAAUGAAAGCUUGAAAAAGUUUCUAAGUACAAAAGAUGGUCGCUUGGUUGCUGGUCUUGUUGCAGAAUUUCUUCAGUUUUUCAAUCUUGACUUUACAUUGGCUGUUUUUCAGCCUGAAUCAAGCACACUAAAUGGGCUUGAAGGGCGAGAGAAUUUAGCCCGAGAUUUAGGAAUUACAGAAGCAGAAGGUACUGUAGGUGGCCCCUUAUUGUUGGAAGUGGUCAGAAGAUGUCAGCAGAAAAAAGGUUCCAGUAGUGGAGAAGUAGCUCCAGUUCUGUCUGACAUGCGUUCUUCACCAAAAUCACCUGAUGGAAGAUCAAUUACACAUCCAAUAUCAAGUAAGAUACCAAGGUUUAAAGGACAUCGUAAACUGAAAAAGUGCUUGGACAAGGCUGGUGAGCAGGUUGCUGAAACCAGUCAAAGUGAUACAAGUAUUUCAUCAGGAGAAACAAAGAGCAAAAGCAGCAUUCACUUUCUUCCCAAUGAGACAAAGCUAGUUUCUCAACCACACAACAGAGACUUAAAUACCAAAGAAAAAAGUGAUCCAGCUGUAGAUGAGGAUGACAUAGAGGGAGAUUCUUUUUUUGAUGACCCCAUACCCAAACCGGAGAGAAACUAUGGCUGGAAAACAGAGUCCAACAAACAAGGAGGAAGCCUUGCAUCUCUUUCUGAUGCACCCCCCCUAAGGAGUGGGCUAAGCUCCCUUGCUGGAGCACCUUCACUACAAGAGCCUGACAAUGCAAAUAGAAACUCUGUUUUGAAAGAUCUACGCUUGGUGAAUGCAAAAUUUGGAUCGCUUGAAUUAGGAACUGGAGAUGAAGAGGAGUAUGUUGAUGAUUUCAACAGUACCAGUCAUCGCUCAGAAAAAAGUGACAUUAGUAUUGGUGAAGAAAUAGAAGAAAUUUCUGUGGAAAUAGAAGACUUGAAUGCCAGUGAUAAACUUGAAGACCUCACACAAGAUCUUACCAUUUCUCAGUUAAGUGAUGUUGAUGUUGCAGAUUAUCUAGAGGAUGUGGCAUAG